AUGCUGCUUCAUGCUGAGCUGUUCGAUAUCCUGCAGAUCUAUUACGCCCUCCUGCCAUCCAAUUACCUACCUGCUUCUGUCAAUGUCUCAUUCACAUGCUUACAAAACUUCCUCCUGGACCACAUACUUUGGAGCAAGCACGCUUCUUCAUAUCCGCCGUCCAAGAUGUACCAGGCUUCGUUUUGGAAGUGGUCAGUAUCGGUUCUCGAGAAUAUGCUCCAUGAAAAUAUCAACACAACAGCAGACGAUGAAAUAGACGAACACAUUUACCUCAAAUAUUCAGAGAUAUUGCUUUCCAACAAGACCUCGACCACGUUCGCCAAGGGCCCCCCUGAACCAUGCUUUGUGUCUUAUUUCUACCGAUCUGUGGGCCAGGACGUGGACUCGCAGGAUCACAAUCCAUCCUACGUUAACCUGGACACGCUGCGCAUUGUGACAAUUCUGGAGUCGCAAAGCAUGAUCGAAGCUGGUACCACCGGGCUUAGGACCUGGCCGGCGAGCAUUGCUCUUGCACGAUAUCUUUUAGGGAAUCCUGAGCUUGUCCAUGCACAACGGGUUCUUGAAUUAGGAUCGGGUGUCGGAUUCCUCGGCUGUAUUGUUGGCAGCAUACAAACUUCGCGUUCCAUUACAAAUGUCGAGAAACAAUGCUCUCUGUGCCUUACGGAUGUGAAUGAUACGGUCUUGGAACGAUGCCAAACAAAUGUCCAGCUUCCCUGCAAUAAUCUGCAGUCUCAUCCCGAACUAACCUGUCGCAAGUUUGACUGGUCCGACACAUUAGCAGGAGAUUUCAAGGAAUGGGCAACGUCAUUUCAUAAUGUUACUCAGAGCACCGAUAUUGUUAUAGGAGCGGAUCUGGUGUAUGAUCCCUCCUUGAUUGAUCCGUUACUCGCAACGCUCAAGAUUGCACUGGAAAAUCAACAACGUAUUUCUUCAAAGGGAGCUCUCAUUGCACUCACGCUGAGAAACAGAUCCACCAUGGCGGAGUUUUGUGCAUCCGCUGGUAAGCUUUUGCCAGAGUAA